AUGUCUUCUUAUCAUCGUUCAAAAAGUAGACAUAGAUCGCCUUCCCCACGCACUUCAAGCAGUAGUAAACGGUCAAGACACUCUUACGGAGAAGGUAGUCGUCCUCGAAGUCGUUCUCGGGAUAGAUAUGGCAGUAGUACUAGCCGAUCUUCUCACCGUCAUCAUCACUCUUCUCAUCGUUCCUCAAAGUAUGACGACAGUAGAUAUUACUAUGAUGAUCGUCAUCAUCACCAUUCUUCUUCGUCUCGACAUAGCCACCGUCAUCACAGCAACGAUAAUGUAAGUGCUAAUGAUAAAAGAACUCAUUCACGUGAUGAGCCAACGAUGUCCACAAGAAAAGAUGCUGUAGGCACUAAUACACCUACUACCGCUACUACUUCACAAGAACCUCAAGCUUCAAGUACUCCGGAUUCAGCAACUGUGAGUGCAACAAAUACUUCAACCACUGUUGACGCAGAAGAAGCAUUACGUAAGAAGCAGGAACGUGUUCGCAAAUGGAAGGAAGCAAAACGCUUAAAAGAAGAAGAAGAAAAGAGAAAAGCUGCCGAGGCUAAAGAAGAAGAAGAAAAGAAAAAACAAGCCAUUGCAGCUGCUGAAAAGGAAGCAGAAGAGCUUCGUUUAAAGCAAGAGGAGAAAAAGAAGGCUGAAGAAGAAGCUGAAAAGCAAAAACUGCAGCAAGAACAGAACGAGGAGCCUCAGUUGUUGAAACAGUUUGCAGAAAUAAGAAAAGCUGCUGCUGAAGCUGCCGCUAAAGAAGAUAACAAAGAUACGAAAAAUGAUGCAGAAACUGAAAUGCAAGUAGAGGAUAAACAAUGGAACCUUGAAAAUGAUUUUGAUUCCGAUGAUGAUAAUAUGGAUAUCGAUGAUGACGACGACGAUCAGCACAGUGCUCAGCAAAAGGAAAAGGAUGAAGCAGAAGCGGAAAGAACGUUUAAACCAUUGCAGAAGAGCAGCGACCGCCAUAAAGAAGACGAAAACUUUCUGAAUAAACCAAAAAAGGCCGCCUUUUUACUGUCAAAUAAAUCUACGAAACCAAAAAAUACAAUGAAGUUUGGAUUUGGCUUAGGCAAAAAUGCCACGACACUAAAAUCUUCUGCUACCACGAAAAAGAAAGAAGAGGAGAAAAAGUCUGCAGCAGCCACAGCGGAGCCAUCAGAUACUACCAUGAAAGAAGCAACGGCAGAAAAUGAGGAUAUUGAUCCCCUAGAAGCUUAUAUGAUGGAUGUUGAAGCUGAAACUCAAAAGAUCAAUGAAGAGGAUCAAAAGAGGCUAGCUGAGCUUGACAAUGCCAGUGCAAAGAAACGAGGCACCAUUGCGGACAAUGACGAUGAUGAAAAUCAGGACAACGAAAAUAAAGCACAAGAAGACGAGGAUGAUAUCGGUAGCGAUCCUGAAGAUAUUUUAGCACUUGCAGCUAAAAGAGUUAAGAGAAAAGACAUUGCACCUGUUGAUCAUAGUAAAAUGAAUUACGAAGAAUUCCGAAAAGACUUUUACAUUGAACCUCCUGAGCUCAAGGAGAUGACACCAGAUCAAGUUGACUUAUUACGUAUUGAAUUGGAUGGCAUUAAGAUACGUGGUGUCAAUUGCCCAAAACCGAUCACUAAAUGGACUCAUUGUGGUCUACCAGCUGGUUGUUUGGAAGUGAUACGCAAGCUUAAAUAUGAAAAGCCCACUUCUAUCCAAGCUCAAGCUAUCCCCGCUAUUAUGAAUGGCCGUGAUGUGAUAGGCGUUGCUAAGACAGGUUCUGGUAAGACUAUUGCAUUUCUGUUACCCAUGUUUAGACAUAUCAAAGAUCAAAGACCAUUGGAAGCUGGUGAAGGUCCCGUUGCGGUGAUUAUGACACCCACCCGUGAAUUAGCAACUCAAAUUCAUAGAGAAUGCAAGCCUUUCCUAAAAGUAUUAAAUUUGAGAGCCGUGUGCGCCUACGGUGGUAGUCCUAUCAAAGAUCAGAUUGCUGAUCUUAAGCGAGGUGCAGAAAUUAUCGUUUGUACUCCCGGCCGUAUGAUUGACCUUCUCUGUGCCAAUUCGGGUCGUGUCACGAAUCUUAAACGAGUAACUUAUCUUGUGAUGGAUGAAGCUGAUCGUAUGUUUGAUAUGGGCUUUGAACCACAAGUAAUGAAAAUCGUCAAUAACGUUCGCCCCAGUCGACAAACUGUGCUUUUCUCUGCCACCUUUCCUCGUCAAAUGGAAGCGCUUGCUCGUAAAGUACUGAAGAAACCCCUCGAAAUCACCGUAGGUGGUCGCAGUGUGGUAUGUGAUGAUGUCCAUCAAAUUGUCGAGGUUCGCGAGGAGGAUACCAAAUUUGUCCGUUUGUUGGAAAUUUUAGGUCAAUUGUUCCAUGAGGAAGGCGAAGAAAAUGCCAGUGCCAUUAUUUUUGUCGACCGCCAUGAGGCAGCUGAUAAUUUAUUGAGAGAUUUAAUGCGUCGUGGCUACCUAUGCCAGUCCCUUCAUGGCGGUAAAGACCAAGCAGAUCGUGAUAGUACCAUUUCUGACUUCAAGAAUGGCGUUUGUAACGUAUUGAUUGCUACUUCUGUGGCGGCGCGUGGUUUGGACGUCAAAAAUCUGAAGAUGGUCAUUAAUUACGAGUGUCCUAACCAUAUGGAAGACUACGUGCAUCGCGUCGGCCGUACAGGUAGAGCUGGUAACAAGGGUACAGCUUAUACAUUUAUUACUCCUGAUCAAGAUCGUUAUGCUAUGGAUAUCUGUAAAGCCUUGAGAUUAUCUGGUCAAGAAAUCCCCAAUGAUCUCCAAGCGCUGGCUGAUGAGUUCCAGAGUAAAGUCAAAGAAGGUAAAGAACGUGCUGCUGGUUCAGGUUUUGGUGGUAAAGGUUUGGAACGGUUGGAUAAAGAUCGUGAUCUGGUUAAGAAGUUGCAAAAGAAAGCAUACGGUGGCGGCGAGGAUGAUUCAGACGAAGAGGAAACAACGACAGCCACUAUUGAAUUAGAAAGUAAGGUGGUAACACCCUCAACAACAGCAGGUGCUUCACCCGCAACGAAAGCUGCAUCGCCAGCCACAGCAGCAACACCUAAACCUGCCACUCCCGAAAUUGAAGUAAAGGUUGAUCUUAGUGAUGAGACAUUAUCUCCUGCUGCUCGAGCUGCUAAAAAGGCUGCUGCGGAAGUGGCUGCUCGUAUUAUUGCUAAAGGUAAUCAAAAUGCACAACUCCUCCAUCAUCAACAACAGCUACUGCAGCAACAGCAAGCAGCUAAAGAAAGUGCAGCAGCGGAAACUCCACCUGUCUAUGCAGAAGAAAUCGUCAUCAAUGACUAUCCUCAAAAUGCUCGUUGGAAGGUGACGAAUAAAGAACAAAUUUCUCAGAUUACCGAAGUGUCUGGUGCUGCCAUCACAACUCGUGGUACAUACUUUCCACCCGGUAAACAACCUCAGGGUAACGAGCGUAAGCUAUACCUAUUUAUUGAGGGCGACUCUGAAAUGGUUGUCGAAAAGGCGAAGAAUGAGAUUAAAAGAAUUUUGGUGGAAGCAACAGCAGCGUCUAUGGAAGCUGAAGCAAGAGGUGGUAUGGGUGCUGGUCGUUACUCAGUUGUAUAA